CGCGCGGCGGAGUUGUUCGAAGCAAGGCCAAAACACCUCGUCGCGCGAGAGCAUAAUCCUAUUCUUACUGCGCCAUCAUGAGGGUACUUCUUCUCUAAGACUGCUUUGACAUCUUCACAUUACAAUCUCGUCUGGUCCUCGUCUCCUCGCUCCACCACAAUCCACUCCUAUCCACUGCAUAAAGCACUCACAGCUCAGAGCUGCUUAAUCAUUGCUGCCCCCUGACAACACCGAAUCCGCGAGCCACGCGACGCCAAUCCUACCGUAUACGAUCAGAACCACUUUUAGCCGCGAUGCCUUGUUGGAAGCGUUCCUCUACUCCGCGGGAGAGUCCCUUCGAUGUCGUCGUCCGGUUCGAAACCUCCUGGUUGUUUGAGCCUGCCGUACUGCUUGCGGUUCGAGCUUUGCUAUCCCUCUAUGCGUUCGCAACAAUAUUCUUCAUAUGGGGCUGGAAUGGUACUCAUGGACAUGCCGGAGAGAUUGCACGUUCGUUCUCGUACUUUACCUGGUUGACGUAUUGGGGACUGGCUUUCUAUAAUCUGGUCAGCGCGAUACAUACAUUCAGCUACUGGCGCACCGGAACGCCAUUGCUUGCACGGUGGCCGCGAUUUUUGCAGAUCGCUCAUAGCAUGUUCUACACCACGAUCGUAGUGUUUCCCUGGAUCGUCACGAUCGUCUACUGGGCACUUCUCUACGAGGAUGGAAUUUUUACGUCUACAUUCCAAACAUGGACCAACACUUCACAACAUGCCAUGAACUCCGCUUAUGCGCUAUUUGAAAUAGUAUUUCCCCGAACCGCACCUCUCCCAUGGAUCGAUCUAAUUCCGGUCAUUAUCAUUCUGGCUUGCUAUUUGGGUCUCGCAUACGUCACCGAGGCAACUCAAGGAUUCUACGUCUAUGGGUUCCUGAACCUAAAGAAGAAUUCAGCUGGAUCUGUUGCCGGCUACAUCGUUGGCAUUCUCGUCGCAGCCGUCAUUGUCUUCCUGAUUGUCCGCUACUUGAUCGUGCUACGCGUUUGGGUUACAGAGAAGAAGUUGGGAAAACUUGGAAAGUUUUCAACACGGGGACAGCCACAGUACGGAGCUGUUGACGGCGGCAAGCAUGUCCCGAUGCAUAGCAUAGUAUCCAAAUAGUGAUACUAUGCUCAGACGACUUUCGUAAUGUGUAAUACGUAAAUCUAUCAAUCGUAGUGUAGGAAGCGUAGAAUUAUUUAUUCCGAUCGUU